AUGGUGCCACGAGCCGGGAACAUGUCAUCCAUCAUCAUCAGAAUCGCAGACCAAACAAAACGAAGAUUGUGUGAAGUCCUCAACGAAAUCAAGAGUCUGAACUUGGAUUCGGUCGACCAAACGACAACAAUCGACGAAACAAUCCGUCUUCAUCAGGAACGGAGAAGGAUCACCCAAGAAAAAAUCAUGCAUAUCCAAAUAUACAUAGAGGCGUUGGAAUCGGUCAAUACAGAGUGGAAACAAUUCAUCCAGCAGGUUUCAGUCUCAACCAAAAGAAAAGAAGAAGAAGAUCGAUACCUUCAGAUAAACGAGAUGAAUCAGGUAUUACCAACUUAA